AUGAGUCGUGGAUUCUCAGAAAACAAUAACUUCCCCUAUGACAACAACCAAAUGGUUUUGGAUAUGAUCCUGUGUUCCCUAGUUGGUGUUCCUCAGCCUAUCAACUGGGACAGUGUGGCAAGGCUGGUUCCAGGAUAUACAUCCAAAGAAUGUGCAAAAAGGUUUGAUGAACUAAAAGGCAGUGGAAGUUCACCUGUUGACAACCAAUAUAAUCCCCUGAUGGCUGCUGGUGGGAGUCCUGUGGAAACUUUAGCUACGUACAUCAAAUCCUCCUUGCUCGAUACACAGACAGAGUUUGAGGAGCCUGCUAUUGGGCAGGAUUCCAUUACUAUAACUGGAAGGCCCAGUGCAGCCUCCACCAGGAGUUGUUCUUCAGAAUCUGAGAAAGGUCCUGUACAUAACAAUGGAGAAAGUACUGAUGAAACCCAGGGGCCAAAUAUGGUGAUCCAUGUGUGUGAUGAAGCCAAAAACCUCAAAGAAGAUUUUGUGUGUCCUCGAGACCUUUUGAUUUCAGAGAUGAAAUACUUUGCUGAGUAUCUGUCAGUGGAUGCCCAACGCUGGGAGGAGGUGGACAUUUCCGUGCACUGCGAUGUUCACAUCUUUGACUGGCUGAUAAGAUAUGUCAAAAGGAACUCCAAAGAGUCUGAGGCUAAUGAAAUGCCCACUUUAGAACCAUCAAAUGUCAUCUCAAUCCUUAUUUCUUCUGAGUUUUUGAAGAUGGAUUCAUUAGUAGAGAAAUGUAUUCAUUAUUGCCACAAAAAUAUGAAUGCUAUUGUAGCCACGCCAUGUAACAUGAACUGUAUCAAUGCUAAUCUUGUUACACACAUUGCUGAUCUCUUCAGGCACAAUGAGGUGGAAGAGCUAAAGGACAAAAGAGACAAAUUUAAGAGUAAACUUUUCUGCAAGAAGAUUGAGAGACUGUUUGAUCCCGAGUAUGAAAAUCCAGAUUCUAGAGGAAAUGCAGCAACUUUAUACAGGUGUUGUUUAUGUAAAAAGCUGCUAACCAAAGAAACUGAAAGGAGAAUUCCUUGUGUACCAGGAAAAAUCAACAUAGACCAACACGGGAAUAUUGUCUAUGUUCAUAUAAGAGACAAAACAUGGGAAGUGCAUGAGUAUUUAAUUGGCCUUCACGAGGAAUUGAAAUCCUGGCGGGAUGUUUAUUGGCGUCUUUGGGGGACUGUUAACUGGUUGACCUGCUCAAGAUGUAACCAGACUUUCCUGUGCACUGAAUUCUCCCACUGCCAGUACCAUUCGCAGCCAGUUCUUUAUCCAGGUGUAGCAAGUGCUCUGGGCUCAACUGGCACAGGAGUGUAUCCCUGCUGUAACCAAAAAGUUCUUCGGUUUGACCCUACAAUCCUCCCAAAGGGCUGCAAAGUGAGGGAUCAUAUGGUGGAGUUACCUCCAGCAAGUGAAGAUGGGGAUGCUUUGCCAUCUCAGAGUGAAGAGGGGGAUGCUUUGCCAUCUCAAACUGCUCAGAUUUUGAAUGAUCUGCUACAUCAUAGAGAUGUCAUUGUUGUUCCUUUCACUAAGGAUGAGAACAGUGAUUCUGGUAUUGGGCUUGGUGAUGACAAAGGCCUUGAAUGUGAUGUGCUUGUAGAACCAAAUACACCAUGGGGCCCCAAAACUGGAGAAAUCAAUGCUUUUUUGUCUCUGAAGAACUGGACUUUGCAGCUGAAACAGCAAUCACUGUUAUCUGAAGAAGAGGAGUAUACCACGGGCUCAGAGGUCACUGAGGAUGAAGUGGGGGAUGAAGAAGAAGUGUGCAAGAAACCAGGGAGAAAGGAGAAGUUAAAGAAAUCCUACAGGCACCCAAAGAAAGUGGUUUCUUCACCUAGUGUUCAGAAAAGGGAGAAGCCAUCUGAUAAGUCAAGUUCCCGAGAUGCUUCUCCGUUCGUUGUGAGCGUGCAGCAAAACAAAUGGGAUGCCUCCAGGUCCCUGAGAUUCAACCAAGAUGCUCAAAGAGAAGAUGAUCAGAGAAGAAUGUCUGAGAUCACAGGGCACUUAAUAAAAAUGAGACUAGGAGACCUUGAUCGAGUCAAGUCCAAAGACAGCAAAGAAUAUGCCGGAGGCAUUUAUUCUAGACUUGAAGCUCAGAUAAAAGCCUCAGCACAGGUCAGUGCACGACAAACCAAUGCUGAGAAGAAUCCCAGGUCAAAAGCCCGUUUUGGUCAAGGCCGUCCAACAUAAGGAGUGAUGGACACGCUUU